AUGAAACUCUACAGCAUAAAUAAUGAAUCUAUACUUAAGUCUGUCACAACCAAGUCAGGAAACAUACCAUCUGACAUAGCAGUGACAAAAAAUGGAGAUCUACUUUAUACUGAUACAGGUGAUAAAACUGUGAACAUUGUGAAGAAUGAGAAGAUAGGGAUGGUGAUCAGACUUCAGAACUGGAAGCCUAAUGGUGUCUGUAGUACCCCUCGGGUGACCUCCAGAUACAUAACUGAGAACAGAAACCUGAAUAUCUGUGUGUCUGACAGUGGAGCUAGAGCAGCAGUGGUGGUCAAUCAGGCCGGAAAACUGAGAUUCAGAUAUACUGGAUUCACCCCUGCUCCAAAGAAUGAACCAUUCAGUUCACGCGGAAUAACUAGAGACAAUCAGAGUCACAUCGUUUUGCUGAUAAUAAAAAUGACUCUAUAA